CACUGUCCGGGGUUUCCUAGUGAAGUGAACCCUACGGCGUCAUGGCGGAGGCCGGAUCUAGGAAGACCCUGGAUUGAAAUGCAAGUUUUCUACAAUCGCAGUUGAUCAGUGGGCAGGAGAGUUUGCUUACCUAUACAUCGGAAAGGGGAAAUUAUUCGGUUUUUGGAAGGAGAGAAAAACAACAACACUGCACCAGUUCUUUCGAACUGAAUCGUUCGGGGCUGAGUUCCCUGACUGGGGGAUAGCUAGCUAGCGUAAGGUAGCGUUAGCUACCGCCGCUGCUAGCUUGCCUAUUAAAUAAGAGAAGAAAGAACCUCUGAAGCGCAAAGGAGGAUUUCAACAACAAUCCAUUGGAGUCUGUCAGGUCAACCACGUCGAACACAGUACUCCAGGUUGUAAGGGGGAAUCUGUUUUUUGGACUUUAACAUGGCCGGACGCAGUGAGGAUGAAAGUGUAAGCAACAGCAGUGGAGAUUCAAGUAAUUCUGAUGAUGAAUCUGGUUCUGGAUCGGGCUCAGCCUCAGGCUCUGCUUCAGGCUCCAGUUCCAGCUCCUCCAGCAGCAGCAGCCAAUCGGGGAGCAGUGAUUCAGGUAGUGGCUCCGACUCCGGCAGCCAGUCAGAUUCUGACACAGAGAAAUCCAAGGAGAAGAUGGAACCGCCAAAUAAGUCAAACAUCGAUGGAGCUGAGUUCUGGAAGUCCAACCCAAGUAUCCUAGCAGUGCAAAGAUCAGCUAUGCUCAGAAAACAACAACAACAUCAACAACAGCAGCAGCAGAAGAGACAAAGCUCCUCAAAUACUGGAUCUGAUGAGGACUCUUCGAGUAGCGAUGGGUCAGACUCAUCAAGUGGAUCGAAAAGAAGAAGAAAUUCAGCCUCCUCGGACUCUGGAUCGGGCUCUGGAUCUGCAAGUGGUUCUGGAUCAGACUCAUCAGCGGAGGACAACAGUGAAGAAACCGCAUCGGACUAUGAGCCUAGUCACAAAAUCAAAAGCAGAAAGCCUCCAACAAAGAUGAAUUAUCGGAAUGGGAAGAAAAGCAGCAGCCAAAAGAAGAAAUCCCAGAAGUGUUCUUCCUCUGAGGAUGAGGAUGAUAACUACAAGAAGGCAGCGUCUGCAGGGCAACGUAGGCAGUCCACAGUUAACGUCAGCUACAAGGAAGACGAGGAACUGAAGACCGAUUCGGACGACCUCGUGGAAGUUCUGGGUGAAGACGUCCCGCAACCUGAGGAAGACGAGUUUGAAACACUGGAGAGAGUGAUGGACAGCAGGAUAGGAAGGAAAAGGGCAACAGGAAGUGUAACUACUGUAUACGCUGUGGAAGCAGAUGGUGACCCCAAUGCCACCUUCAACACCAACAAAGAGCCUGGUGAGAUCCAGUAUUUGAUAAAGUGGAAGAACUGGGCCCAUAUCCACAACACUUGGGAGACAGAGGAGACGCUGAAGUUACAGAAUGUCAAGGGCAUGAAGAAACUGGAUAAUUUUAAGAAGAAGGACCAGGAGAAAAAAAGAUGGUUAAAGGCGGCUUCACCAGAGGAUAUAGAGUAUUUGAAUUGUCAGCAAGAAUUGAUGGAUGACCUCCACUCUCAGUACCAGCUUGUAGAGCGAAUCUUAGGGCAUUCAAACCAGAAGUCAGUGGCUGGUUACCCAGACUAUCUAUGCAAGUGGCAGGGUUUACCAUACUCCGAAUGUAGCUGGGAAGACGGCGCUCUGAUUGGCAGAAAGUUCCAGAAAUGCAUUGACGACUACAUGAGCAGAAACCAGUCAAAGACCAUUCCAUCUAGAGACUGCAAGGUGCUCAAACAGAGACCCAGGUUUGUGCCUAUGAAGAAGCAGCCAACUUACAUAGGAGGGGAUGGAUUGGAGCUCAGAGACUACCAGUUGGACAGUUUGAACUGGAUGGCCCACUCCUGGUGCAAAGGCAACAGUUGCAUUCUUGCUGAUGAGAUGGGUUUAGGGAAGACCAUCCAGACAAUCUCCUUCUUGAACUACCUGUUCAAUGAUCAUCAACUAUAUGGACCCUUCUUGCUGGUUGUGCCCCUCUCUACACUCACCUCCUGGCAGAGAGAAAUCCAGCUGUGGGCCCCUCAGAUGAAUUUUGUGGUCUAUCUGGGAGACAUCAGCAGCAGGAAUAUGAUCAGGACACACGAGUGGAUCCAUGUCCAUAGCAAGAGACUGAAAUUUAACAUCCUUCUCACAACGUAUGAGAUUCUUCUCAAAGACAAGUCGUUUUUGGGCAACGUCAACUGGGCCUUCAUUGGAGUGGAUGAGGCGCACCGACUGAAGAAUGAUGACUCCCUCCUCUACAAGACCAUGAUGGACUUCAAGUCCAAUCACAGGCUUCUGAUCACAGGAACGCCACUGCAAAACUCCCUGAAGGAGCUCUGGUCCCUGCUGCACUUCAUUAUGCCUGAGAAGUUUCACUCUUGGGAGCUGUUUGAGGAGGCGCACGGUAAAGGCAGAGACUCAGGCUACACAAGCUUGCAUAAAGAGCUGGAACCCUUUUUACUGCGCAGGGUGAAGAAGGAUGUGGAGAAAUCUCUUCCUGCCAAAGUGGAGCAGAUCCUCCGAGUGGAGAUGAGUGCUAUCCAGAAACAGUAUUACAAAUGGAUCCUGACCAGGAACUAUAAGGCUCUGAGUAAAGGUACCAAAGGCAGCACGUCAGGCUUCCUGAACAUCAUGAUGGAGCUUAAGAAGUGCUGUAACCACUGUUACCUCAUUAAGCCCCCAGAGGACAACGAGUUCCUGAACAGAGCUGAAGCCUUACAGCAACUGAUCCGCAGCAGUGGGAAGCUGGUUCUGUUGGACAAGCUGCUGGUGCGUUUGAAGGAGCGAGGCCACCGAGUUCUCAUCUUCUCCCAGAUGGUACGGAUGCUGGAUAUCCUGGCUGAUUACCUGAAGAGCAGACAGUUCCUCUUCCAGAGAUUAGAUGGCUCAAUCAAAGGCGAGAUGAGAAAGCAGGCGUUGGAUCAUUUCAAUGCUGAGGGCUCAGAGGAUUUUUGCUUCUUGUUGUCGACGCGUGCUGGUGGUCUGGGUAUCAAUCUGGCGUCAGCUGACACAGUAGUUAUCUUUGACUCGGACUGGAACCCCCAGAAUGAUCUCCAGGCCCAGGCCAGAGCCCACAGGAUCGGACAGAAACGACAGGUCAAUAUCUACCGCCUGGUGACGAAGAGCUCAGUGGAGGAGGAAAUCAUUGAGAGGGCAAAAAAGAAAAUGGUGCUAGACCACCUGGUCAUCCAGAGGAUGGACACGACAGGGAAAACUGUCCUCCACACCGGCGCUGCUCCCUCCAGUUCAGCACCAUUCAACAAGGAGGAGCUGUCUUCCAUUCUGAAGUUUGGUGCGGAGGAGCUUUUCAAAGAGCCAGAGGGUGAGGAGCAGGAGCCUCAGGAAAUGGACAUCGACGAGAUCCUCAAAAGAGCAGAGACCAGAGAAAAUGAUCCUGGACCCUCCACUGUGGGAGAAGAACUGCUUUCCCAGUUCAAGGUGGCCAACUUCUCCAUGAUGGACGAUGAGGAAAUAGACAUUGACUCUGAGCGUAGUCAUCGGAGUUGGGACAGCAUCAUUCCUGAGGAACAGAGGAGGAGGAUGGAGGAGGAAGAGCGACAGAAGGAAUUAGAGGAAAUCUACCUGCUGCCUCGCAUGCGAAAUUGUGCCAAACAGAUAAGCUUCAACGCCGGUUCGGGCCGGCAGAGCAGGAACAGGAGGUAUUCUGGGUCUGACAGCGACUCCCCUUCAGACCGGAAAAGGCCAAAGAAACGAGGACGGCCCCGAACCAUCCCUCGAGAAAAUAUCAAGGGCUUUAGCGACGCUGAGAUUCGGAGGUUUGUCAAGAGUUAUAAAAAGUUUGGGGGGCCACUGGAGAGGUUGGAUGCUAUUGCUCGGGAUGCUGAGCUUGUGGAUAAGUCUGAACAUGAUCUGAAACGCUUAGCAGAGACGGUUCACAAUGGCUGUCUUAGAACACUACGAGAAAACCCAUGUGGACCAGAGAAGACUUCAGGAGGGAGAAGAGGGAAGGUGAAGGGCCCUACGUUCAGGAUCUCUGGAGUCCAGGUGAAUGCCAAGCUUGUUAUCUCCCACGAGGAAGAGUUGGCUCCACUCCACAAAGCCAUUCCCGCUGACCCGGAGGAGAGAAAAAAGUAUAUGAUUCCAUGCCACUCAAAGGCAGCACACUUUGACAUUGAGUGGGGGAAGGAGGACGACUCCAGCCUCCUCAUAGGAAUCUAUGAGUACGGAUACGGCAGCUGGGAGAUGAUCAAGAUGGACCCAGACCUCAAUCUCACACACAAGCUUCUGCCAGAUGACCCUGACAAGAAGCCACAGGCCAAACAGCUGCAGACCAGAGCAGACUACCUCAUCAAGCUGCUAAGCAAGGACCUGGCCAAAAGAGAAGCUCAGAAACAAGCAGGGACGGCUAAUUCGCGGAAGAGGAAACCAAGAAGUAAAAGGAGCAAAAGUCUAAAGCCUACAAAGACCGACGAAGUGAUGAAGAGCACGUCCUCAGAUCCUCCAUCCGACAAGAGGUCGGACGAUGAGGAGGACAUUGAGGAGGAAAAGGAGGUGGCACUGGUGAAGGCGCCAAGCAGACGGAACCGAGCAGACCGGGUGGUGGAGAAGGAGGACGGGGAGGACGAAGAUGAGGAGCAUGAACAGGAAGAAGUGUCUUCAUCAGGAGAAAGGGAGCUGCUAGAAAAAGAAGGCAAAAGAGAAAUUAAGGAGGAAAGUUGGGACAUUAAAGACACAAAGGAGCCAAAAGAGAAAAAAGAAACAAAGCCCCUGGAAGUGGUUCAUAAACAAGAGGAGAGCAUGGAAAAGAUCGAAAUAAAGGCAGAGGUACGAGAACGAACAAAGAAAGCCUCCGAUGUGCCAGUUCAUAUUACAGCAACUGGGGAGAAUGUGCCGGUAUCUGAGGAGUCUGAGGAACUGGACCAGAAGACCUUCAGCGUGUGCAAAGAGAGGAUGCGGCCGGUGAAAGCGGCCCUCAAGCAGCUGGACCGACCCGAGAAAGGGCUGUCGGAGCGCGAGCAGCUUGAACAUACAAGACAGUGCCUCAUUAAGAUCGGAGACCACAUCACUGAGUGUCUGAAGGAGUAUUCCAACCCUGAGCAGAUUAAACAGUGGAGGAAAAACCUGUGGAUAUUUGUUUCUAAAUUCACUGAGUUUGACGCCAGGAAACUGCAUAAACUGUAUAAGCACGCAAUCAAGAAACGACAAGAGAACGCCCAGGCGAUGGAGCAGAACACUAGGAGCAUAAACAUCCACAGCUUUAAGCAUGCAGAUAUUGAAAGGCUGAAAGACAACUCGCACCAGGACGACAGCAGCAGGGACAGCUACAGCUCAGACAGACAUCCGCCGUCGAGUCGCUACCACGAGAGCAGCAGCAGCAGCAGUAAGGAGAGACACAGCUCCGAGUCCCACAGGAAGACCGCAGGAGACUCCAGGAAGAGACCGUACUCCUCCUUCAGCAACGGCAAAGACCACCGAGACCACUACAGACCAGACAGCAGGGAGCGGGACCGAGAGAGACAGGACAGGUUCUACAAUGACAGUAAGCACAGGAAGCUGGAGGAGUUCCGCUCCAGCAGAGACCACCGACUGGACGUGAAGGAUCAUUCCCACUCGGAGCACCGCUCGUCCUACCGCUAUCACUCAGACUGGCAGAGCGAGCAACGGGCCUCAGCCAGCGGGCCCCGCUCCCCCCGGGACCAGCGCUCGCCCUACGACUCGCGCUCGCCCAUGGGGCACCGCUCUCCCUUUGACUACUCGUCAGAUCACAAGAGCACACCGGAGCAGAUCUGGAGCAGCCGCAAGACAUAACAGGAGCUGCCCGGGUCUGCCAGUAGCAGCCAUAGACUCAACACAGCAGAGGCCUUACGGGACUGUGGACUUCACUUCAGCACGGCUCUCCUGUCCUCGCUGCAGCUCAUCUCGCCAACCCGGGAGACUAACACCAGGGAGCGGCUCAAACCAGGCAAAAAUAAUAAUUCUAAACCUAUUUUUGUAAUAAAGAGUUUUGAAGCCGCAUCAUUAUGUUCAACAGCAAGUUCUUUUUUUUCAAUUAUUUGUUAUUUUUAUAAAGUUAUCUUUUUUUAACUCUGGAAACUCAAUUGACCCUGAGUGCUGCCUCCAAUUCCAACCAAUGACACUGGAUCCUGUAAAUGCCUGUUGUCUGUUUAUCCGUCUGUCUAUGUUUCUCUAUCAUGCUUAAUGUAAUUAUCUACCUUAUUUAAGUGUUGACUCGAUGAGAAGUCUGUUGUCACAAGAUCCGCAUUACAAGUUGAUGUAAAGAUGUCUGGUUGGCUCACCACCUGAAGUACCUCAUUUACAGCAUUUCUCCUUUUAAUCACAGGUUUUCUAUUUUCCACCAGGUGUGAAUUAUUUAACAUAUCAGAGCUGUACAAAAAGAAAUACCCUGGAUUUUGUUUAUUUUGGAGAGCAAGGUGUAUCAUUUAUUUUCGUUAACGUACACAGUUGUAAAUUUUUGUAAAAUAGUAAAUCGGUUGUAUUUUUCCUCAGGCUUUUUGGAUUCAUUAUGACUUUCCCCCAUCAACUCAGGCUUUUUUGUUGUUCUAUGAGAUCUUGUGUAAUAAUUCUUUCAUAAUUAUGCUUUCUGAAUAUCACUUUUGGGAGAGGGAAAGUUCUUUUAAUGAUUCUCUGUUUUAUCCCGUAGUGCUUAGCUCUUCUGCCUCGGUGUGUUGAAAUCAGUAUGUUGGAAGGACUUUUGAAAUCCGUCUGGGAAAAAAAGCUGGUUGUCUUUUGGACUUUAAGCUCGACUUUUUACAAAAAUGUUUUCUUUACCUUUCAGUCCUUUUCUAUGUAGGCAAUAAUGUCGAUGUUUCUAUGCAGCCAAGUAUAUUUGUGGUGAACCACCCAACUGAAUGAAGUCACUGUUAUGGUUCACACUGUUGUACAUAGAUUUCCUCUAUAUUUCAAAAUGAAUUUACACUGAAAGUGCAUGAAUUUUUACAAACUGUUUUAUAUUGUUUAUGAAGCCAUUAAAAUCAAUCACUGUACUCACUCGUACCAACUCUUAAA